UCUGUCCUCUAGCAAGCUAUGCCAACAAAAACAGGACUGGAGAAGGCAAGGUAUUCAGUAUUCAGCCACAUUCUGUUGUAAAAAAUUGGCUCUGAUUUUCAGCGUGGAUUGAGCCAUCAUUCCCCAUCCCUUAGGAUCAUGGCCAAAGAUGCUGGUCUGAUUGAAGCUAAUGGGGAGCUGAAGGUUUUCAUUGACCAGAAUCUAAGUCCUGGCAAAGGUGUGCUGUCCUUAGUGACGGUCCAUCCACAAACAGUCACAGUAGGGAAGCAACUGCUACCGAAAACACUGGGUCCCUCCAACGUCAACAUAGCUCCACACAUGGUGGUGGGCACGCCUCAGAGGCCCAGUGGGUCCAGUGCCAUCCUGGUAAACAGCCCUCACACACCCAGCUCUCAGUUCCUCACCCAGACCCAGCCGUCCGAUGCCUCGCCAUGGUCCUCAGGGAAGCGUAGUAAAAAGGGAGAUAAGAAUGGGAAGGGGCUGAGGCAUUUCUCUAUGAAGGUGUGUGAGAAGGUCCAGAGGAAAGGUGUCACCACCUAUAACGAAGUGGCAGAUGAGCUGGUGGCUGAGUUCAGCUCCACAGACAACCACAUUUCGCCCAAUGAUGCGCAUGUGUACGAUCAGAAAAACAUUCGGCGGCGGGUUUAUGAUGCUCUCAAUGUACUGAUGGCCAUGAACAUCAUUUCCAAAGAGAAGAAGGAGAUUAAGUGGAUUGGCCUGCCCACAAACUCUGCCCAGGAGUGCCAGAACCUGGAGGUUGAAAGACAAAGACGCCUUGAAAGAAUCAAACAGAAACAGUCACAGCUCCAAGAGCUUAUCCUGCAGCAAAUUGCCUUUAAGAACCUUGUGCAGCGGAAUCGUCAGACAGAGCAGCAGAAUAACAGACCGCCGCCGGCCAAUUCAGUCAUCCACCUGCCUUUCAUCAUCGUCAACACUAGCAAGAAAACAGUCAUUGACUGUAGCAUUUCUAACGACAAGUUUGAAUACCUCUUUAACUUUGACAGUAUGUUUGAGAUCCAUGAUGACAUUGAGGUACUGAAGCGUAUGGGUAUGGCAUGUGGGUUGGAGGUGGGCAAGUGUUCCACUGAAGAUCUGAAGACUGCCAGAAGCCUUGUCCCCAAAGCACUGGAGCCCUAUGUCACAGAAAUGGCACAAGGUCCCAUUCGAAGUGUCUACAUGACCGGGGCAUCAGCUGCCAAUGGCGGUCGAUAUAAUAUGGGAAGCGACAGUGGAGCAGAUGGCACUAUGGCAUCCAGCUCCAAUGACUCUCACUACAGUGGUUCACGGGUGGAGACCCCAGUAUCCUACAUGGGCGAUGAAGACGACGAUGACGAUUACGAUGAAAACGACGAUGAAGACUAACCUCGCUCAUCCCUACCCCUACCCCCGCCCUCCCACUUGUCCAGUGUGCACAGUUCUUCAAAUGGCCAUAUCCAAGGGAUGCAUUUUCUCUCUCUCUCUCUCUCUCUCUCUCUCUCUCUCUAUCUCUCUUUCUGACAAGGGCAUUGAAGAGCCUGGGCUUUAAUAGGAUGUACUGUUCUCCCUGGAUCCUGGAUUGCCGCAGAUCUUUCCUGUGCCAGGAUCCUGUACAACCGUUGCCUGCUGGGAAGCGUAGUUUUUGUUCUGUUCCAGCAGAAGGACCUUGCUGUAGUGUAGGGAGUCAUAUUAUUCCCUUUGGCAGCACUCCAGCGGGAUUUAGUCUACUACUCUGCCUAGUGUGACCCUCAAUGUUCCCUCCAGAAGAAUCCCACCUCUCACACACAGCACACGUGCUGUUGGAGAAUGUGUAGUGACCUCUGUGUGAAAUAGUUCUCUUCCUUUUGAUUUUUGUUUUUGUUUGUUUGUUUGUUUGUUUGAUUUGUUUUUGGAAUGAGCUGGCUAGUUUAACACGCUGAAGAUUGACGACGGCCAUCUACUCCUAGACUGUUGAAUCAGAGAAGA